CCCGGCUCCCCCAGCUCGGCCCGGACGCGCGCCCGGGCGGCGGGGCUCAGCGGCCGCCGCUGCCUCGGGGGAGCGAGGGCGGGAGGGUGUGUGUGCGCGCGUGUGAGCAGGGUGCCGGCGGGGCUGCAGCGGAGGCACUUCGGAAGAAUGACUCUGGAGUCCAUCAUGGCGUGCUGCCUGAGCGAGGAGGCCAAGGAAGCCCGGCGGAUCAACGACGAGAUCGAGCGGCAGCUGCGCAGGGACAAGCGGGACGCGCGCCGGGAGCUCAAGCUGCUUCUGCUAGGGACAGGAGAGAGUGGGAAGAGUACUUUUAUCAAGCAGAUGAGGAUCAUCCAUGGGUCAGGGUACUCUGAUGAAGAUAAAAGGGGCUUUACCAAACUGGUGUACCAGAACAUCUUCACAGCCAUGCAGGCCAUGAUCAGAGCUAUGGACACACUCAAGAUCCCAUACAAGUAUGAACACAAUAAGGCUCAUGCACAAUUAGUUCGAGAGGUUGACGUGGAAAAGGUGUCUGCUUUUGAGAAUCCAUAUGUAGAUGCCAUAAAGAGCCUGUGGAAUGAUCCUGGAAUCCAGGAAUGUUACGAUAGACGACGAGAAUAUCAGUUAUCUGACUCUACCAAAUACUAUCUGAAUGACUUGGACCGUGUAGCCGACCCCUCCUACCUGCCUACGCAACAAGAUGUGCUUAGAGUUCGAGUCCCCACCACAGGGAUCAUCGAAUACCCUUUUGACUUACAAAGUGUCAUAUUCAGAAUGGUGGAUGUGGGGGGCCAAAGGUCAGAAAGAAGAAAAUGGAUACACUGCUUUGAGAAUGUCACCUCCAUCAUGUUUCUAGUAGCGCUUAGCGAGUACGAUCAAGUUCUUGUGGAGUCUGACAAUGAGAACCGAAUGGAAGAAAGCAAAGCACUCUUUAGAACAAUCAUCACCUAUCCCUGGUUCCAGAACUCCUCGGUUAUUCUAUUCUUAAACAAGAAGGAUCUUCUAGAGGAGAAAAUCAUGUAUUCCCACCUAGUUGAUUACUUCCCAGAAUAUGAUGGACCCCAGAGAGAUGCCCAGGCAGCUCGAGAAUUCAUCCUGAAGAUGUUCGUGGACCUGAAUCCAGACAGUGACAAAAUUAUCUACUCCCACUUCACGUGUGCCACAGACACGGAGAACAUCCGCUUCGUCUUUGCUGCGGUCAAGGACACCAUCCUCCAGCUGAACCUGAAGGAGUACAAUCUGGUCUAACCGUGCCUCCCAGAAACCCGCCCUUCCCUUUCCUGGUGGGCUGUUGAAGAUAUACAAGAGGGACUGUAUUUCUGCGGAAAACAGUUUGCAUAAUACUAAUUUAUUGCCGUCCUGGACUCUGUGAGCCUGUCCACAGAGUUGUAGUAAAUAUUAUGAUUUUAUUUAAACUCUUCAGAGGAAACAGGAUGCUGAAGUACAGUCCUAGCACAUUUCCUCUCUCUCUCUCUCUCUCUCUCUCUCUCUCUCUCUAGGCAAACCUGUGACUCAAUGUAUUUUAAAUUCUCAGUCAUUCACUCACAAAGACAAAAACGCUUUCUCUCUCUCUCUCUCUCUCUCUCUCUCUCUCUCUCUCUCUCUCUC